CCAUGUUGGCGGAAAGGGGUUUUCUGUGGUGCAGGAUACAUCAACCAAAUGAUUCAAGAAAACACACACAGCUGUUCGGACGUAGCUUGCAAGCUAAGUAUCUGCGACUCGGUUUGCCUGAUGGUUUCGGAAGAACCAAAUCUUCCCAACGCGUUUGUAAAUUGUACUACAUAUUGCAGGAAAUGAAGCCAGCGAACACCGAGAAUGGUGUCCCUGUACUCCAUUCAGCAAAAGAGGGGUGCAAACCCAAGAAAUUCACCCCAGAUGAGGUACUGGUACCAAAUCCCAGCUUCAAAGAAAAUCAAGGAAUGAAAAGAAAGAGAAAAGCAUUUCCUUUGGAAGUGGAAGGAAGAAUUGAAAAAGUCAAAGAGAAGGAAGACAAGGAUAUACAACCUGGAAGUCUAUCGAUAUAUGAAUUGGAACGGUUGGAAAAUAUCAGACAAAACCAAGUGUUCCUGUCCUCCAUAAAACUGCUUGAGGCCAAGCAGGAUUUGAAACCAGAAAAAACACAGAGAGGUCUCAAGAAACAGAAACUAAAUAAGGUAGCCUGGACAGAGAUACUGCCUCCUCGCACCAAGUCCUUGAGAAUCCAGAAGAAGGAAGCAGAGCGACUCCCCCUGCCCCCGGAACCACACAGGAUUUAUUAUGAAGCUGAACGAAUUGAACGUGCCAGGAAGCCAGAGGGURCCAUUAGUAUGGAGCCAAUCAACAUGGAGGAGGAUAGUUCACUGCCACCUGAGCUUCUCAAGCUGUGGACAGAGGAUUUAAUCAAAGAAGAAAAGGAGGAGUUGGGUCUGGAAGAGUACCGUAGUACUCUGAAGAGCAUGGAGCUGAGUGAGAUUGGAGGAGUAGCUAAGGUGGUGAAGAGUCGUAUCUGCUCUGUUGCCUUCCACCCGUGUAGCAGUCGUCUGCUCAUGGCUGCUGGGGACAAGUUAGGUGGAGUGGGGCUGUCAGCGUGGCGUGGGCCUGACUCUGAUAUGGGGGAUGAGGGCGUGCUGCUAUUUGAGCCACACGUCCGGCCGGUGGCCUGCAUGGCGUUCUCCAGGUCACAUCCUACAGACCUGUUGACCCUCAGCUACGACGGGACGCUACGGAGCACAGACGUGGAGAAAGCCGUUUUUGAUGAGGUGUAUCGGAUCAAGGAUGGCUUGAGAACCUUUGACUCUUCACAUGACUGUUCGACGCUGGUCACCGGGGACUGGUACGGAGACGUUGCCAUUGUUGACAGGCGGACUCCAGGAACCUCUCAUGAGUCCCUCCAUAGCCUGGAUACCAAGACGGUUCGCUGUGUUCACGUCCACCCUGUUCAGAAGCAGUACAUCAUGGUGGCUGAGAACAGUAUUGUGAAAAUUUACGAUGCUCGCUGUUUGAAGCGUCGUGGAGCGAGCCGUCUCCAGCUCUAUGGUCACUCAAAGAGCAUCUCAAGUGCCUACUUCUCUCCUGGCACUGGCAACAGAGUAGUGACCACCUGCCUAGACAACAACAUCAGGAUUUACGACACCUCGGAACUGACCUCCAGAGYUCCGCUACUGACCUCCAUCCAACAGAACUUGUACACAGGGCGCUGGCUGUCCAAGCUGCAGGCGAUGUGGGACCCCAAGAGGGACGACUGCUUCGUUGUGGGCAGCAUGCAGCAGCCUCGCAGAGUCCAGGUGUUCCAUGAGAGUGGGCAGCUCCAGCACUCCUUCCAGGACCCAGAGAUGACCWCCGUGCUCUCAGUCACAGCCUUCCACCCCACCAGGAACGCUCUACUGGGGGGUAACGCCUCUGGACGSCUGUACGUCUUCACCGACUGAGAGCAGGAGGCCUGUAUGUGUUCACUGCCUGAGAGGAGAAACCUGAUCUAGGAUCAGGUACCCUCCCUCUUAUUCAUUAUGAUCUGGAAGGCUCAACUGAUCGUAGAUCAGCACUCCUACUCUAAAAUGUUUAAUUUUACGGGCCCAGAACACGUGCUUAGAAUAGACCAAAAUAAGUUGUUUGGUUGUGUUUUAUGUUUUUCUCCAGGCUGCCUUUGCUAUUGUUGCACAUUGUUUUCUAUCAAAUUGUUGAUCUUUUGUUAGUUUAAAUAAAGUUAUAUAUUUAGCUAAAGUUGUGCUUUUCAUGUAGUUUAGCUCUUUCAUUGGCUGUAUUGUACCUGUAGUGAAUUUUGUGAUUGAUGGUUUUCUUUCAAAUAAAAACUACCAGAAUUCAGUGGCUACAGCCCUACAAUCAAUAAAAUCAUGGCUAAAUACCA